UGUCCGAUUCUGUCAGUUGAACAGCACAAGUAAUUCAAUAAUGGCCCAACAAACCCAAAGAGAAGCAGCAUUGGAAGGUGUUGAAUUAACUGGACCUUGGGCACAACUUUGGAUUCGGACCCGGACAUUUGAUUAUCUACUCUCAAACCUCAAAAAUAUCGGAAGAGCAUUUUUGCUUUUUUUUCUUGCGACCAAUGAUCUUAACGAUUACCAAAAUUUUAAUUUCAAAAUUCAAACUAAAUUUUUUUUUGAUUUUUGUCAAUUUAACCAAGCUUUUGCUUUAAACCUUUGGUACUCUUGUGUUAUCUCCCCCCAUUUUAUUUUUCUUCUCCUUUCUUUUCUUUUCUCCAUAAAAAUCACACAUGAAUCCGAUUAA